AAUUUGCUUACAUUAUAUUAACCUUUAGAUUGAAAUCUCAAAUAUUUGGCUAAAAAAAUUAAGAAGUUAGCAACAUACAAGAAGAUUUCUUUUUAUAAAAAUAAUUGCUGCAAAGUGGCAUGAAAUCGUUUAGUAGUCUUUUAUUGACAACUGCAAGGGAUAUAUUACGUAUACGCAUAGUGAACAAUGUCUUCUCGAUUUAAGAAUAGAAUCGAUUUUUCAGCAAACAAUGAAUCGAUUAAAGACAAUUCGUGUUCAUCUCUAACGAUAAUUCCGGUCACACCGAUUUAAAUGCCGAACAGCUGACUGUGUAUUGUGCAAUAGGAAAACGUUGCUAUUAUUUUUGUAAAUAUUAUUAAUUAAAGUGUAAUCAAAAAUGAGUGCCUUUAAGAUGAGAAGCAUUCUGACUAUCGGCGCCACUGCAUUGGGUGCGUUCUAUCUGGGCUCCUAUACGGAACGCCGGUCCAGCAAUGAAACUACAACCGCAACCGAAAAGUUCCAACGGCUUCCUGGAUUGCCCGUCUUUGCAACAGUUUCCGCAGCUGCAUUAAUACCAGCGGGCGAACAGAAUCUGACAGCGACACCAUCGCGUAUCUCACAAAUCAUGAAAUACGGAUUCCCUGGACUAGAUCAUGUUCGCUCCCAAUCGGAUUAUGUGCUGUCCUACGACAGACGCAAUCGUGUGCCGCAUUGGGUAUUCGAACAUCUGACUGCCGAAUCGGUGGCCCGCAACGACGCUGUCGAUCGUUCCAAGUCGGAUUUCAAGCCCGACGAAAGCAUACAUCCAUUUUUCCGGGCACAAAACACGGAUUACCGACGCUCCGGCUACGAUCGUGGUCACAUGGCGGCGGCUGGUAACCAUCGACUGCAUCAAAAGCACUGUGACGAUACCUUCCUGCUCUCCAACAUGGCACCACAGGUGGGCCAGGGCUUCAAUCGGGAUUCCUGGAACACUCUGGAAACGUACGUGCGCAAGCUAACCAAAUCCUAUAGCAAUGUCUACGUCUGCACGGGUCCCUUGUAUCUGCCGCACAAAGAGGACGAUGGCAAGAUGUAUGUAAAGUACGAAGUCAUUGGAUCCAACACGGUUGCCGUUCCUACACAUUUCUACAAGGUGAUUGUAAGCGAAGCUGCGGACCAGAAGCUGCACAUGGAAGCAUACGUGAUGCCCAACAAGGUGAUCAGUAAUGAUACGCCGUUGCAGGUGUUCCAGGUGCCGCCUGAGACGGUGGAACGUGCAGCAGGUUUGCUCUUCUUCGACCAGAUCAACAGAAAGCAGCUGGCGACCAUAAACGGCAAAAAGAUAUGAAGGAAUUUAAUAUAGUUGAGUUUUUAGUAAAUUGUAUUUUGUUUAAACGCAACCGAAUUAAGGUUGAUUCCUUAGUUUGAUGUUGUUCUUGAUUUUGUUUCUUUUCCAAAGAAGUGUGUGUUGUUGAUUAAUAAAAGUAAACAAUUAAUACAGAGA